AUGCCCAUACAACCCACAUUGGCUCCUCGUGCAGAGGCGCUGUGGGAACGACAGCAAGAUCCCGUCGCCAGUUUUCUGAGUAGCCUGUUUGGUAGCCCAGACAACACUGAUUCUGUCGUUACCAAUCAACCCACUCCCACCACCACACGUGCUUUCACGACCACUUCCAGCUCCAGCCGUUCAACGCGCACCACUACUUCUUCGUCUCUUCCACCUCCGGUAGCUUCCACUCCAACCACCACAUCCACCUCUUUAACCUCCACCACUUCCUCCACCUCAAGCACACCCACCUCCACCUCCACCUCCUCAUCCAGCACCUUCAUCAUCACCACCUCCUCGCCCUCUACCCUCAUCUCCACCUCCCAAGUCGUCUCCGGUACUAGCACCUCUCAAGUCGUCCUAACUACCGUCGUCACCCCCGUUGUAACCACUACCGCUGCUGCCGCUCGAUCCAACUCCAGCUCAUCUGGCUCCAAUGGAGGUCUCAUUGGUGGUCUUGUCGGUGGAGUCAUUGGAGGACUGGCUCUCAUCGCUCUAAUCAUCACCAUUUGUGUAAUGGCCAGCCGACGCAAAUCUCGCACAGGUCAUGCCUACUUCCUUUGCUUCGGUGAGCGUCCUUCACGCAACGCAGCUGGCGAUUUGCGUCACAGCGGUGGUGCAUGGCCCACUUUCGACCCACAAGAUGAUCAUCGUAACUCGAGCUACGCUGCUGGUGCAGCAGGUGUCGGCGCUGGUGCUGCUGCUGCUUCUCCUUCUCGUCGAACAAGACGUGAGCAGACGAAUGCCACUCUUCCUGCUGAAUUUGCCAACGAGCAAGAUCCCGAACGAUACGGAUACUCUGGUUCUGCCGCCGCUCACAACGGUUACCCAGCUGCUGCCACUCAGUACGAUGCUGGAUACGAUGCCUACGAUGCGUACGGAACAAGCGGCUAUCCCGAUAUGCAACAACGCCCCGCACGCAACGGUGCAGGUGCACUUGCUGCUGGUGCCGCUGCAGGUGGAGCUGGAGCGUAUCUGUACAACAACAGUAGUCCAGCUAUCAACCGUCGUUCAUCUGCUGGCCAUCCUUCGCACGAUUCAACUUCGUACGCAAACAUGUCGCCUCACGCAACUGCUUUGAACGAAACAGCUCCCGCUCCUUGGACCUUACCCAUGAUGGGAUGGCAAGAUACACAUGGGCCCUACAGCGUUGCUGGUGUGGGUGGAAAUAUGGUUACUACCUCCCCUCCCCAGGCUCAAUUCAUGGUUUCGCCGAGUGAGGCGAAUAGGACGGCUGCUGCUGCCGCUGCCGCUGGUGCCGGUGCCGGUGGUGUAGCUGGCGCUGCUGCUGGAACUCCAACCCGCAGCACAGGGCCGGAUUACAGCCAUUUCGACCCACCCGAGAUCCGCGACGCUAGAGCGAGAGAAGCGGCAGCUGAGGCACUCGCCAGGGGAAGCUUCUCAACCGCUCACUCGUACGGAAAGCCAACUUGGCCAAGAAGGCAACCUAGAAGGCUCUCGAGUAGCCAAGGAACUCCGAUCAACCAACACUCGAAUCUAGCUGCGGGUGGUGCGAUGGCUCCCCCGGCAUACGUAGAUGCUCAGGAUGGAAUCAUGGAAGAGAUGGACGAUCAACCGAGGAGGUUGCAUUUGACGAAUGCCGAACCGGAUGUAACUACGGAUGAUGAUAGUUCCAGGGGUGGGCCCACUAGAAGACCGACACAUAAUCACAAGGACCAGCCUCCGGCUGCUACUUACCGCCAGCACUGA